AUGGGCGAUGUAGUUGCAUCUCCCAACGCUCUAAAUAACAGAAAAACAACUGCCCCCAGAGACCAUACAGGGCUGACGCUCUUACGGAACCACCCACGUGCGACAGGGAACCUCCUAGGAGUGGCCGGAGCCACUUGGGACCCGCCUAGGGGCAGCAGAGGCCCGAGGGACCCACCCAGAGGCAGCCAGGGACCUUGGUCUUAUCCAGAUAAGGUGGUGCCCCCUGGGACCCUCCAGAGACCAUACAGGGCUGGCGCUCUCAGGGAACCUCCAAGGUGCGGCAGGGAACAUCCAAGUAGUGGCUGGGGCCAUUGGGACCCACCCAGGGGCAGCAGAGGCCCCAUGGACCCAAUCCCAGAGGCAGCUGGUGACCUGGUUCUCACCCAGGGGCGGCAGAGCCCCUGCAACCCUCCCAGAAGCGGCGAGGGUACUAAGGAUACUCCCAGGGGCGGUGGAGGCCCACAGUACCUUUCCAGGUGUGACCGCGCCCCUAGGGACCCGCCCAGGGUAGGCGGGACCCGCUAA